AUGGCAGACACACAACCAACCACGUUCACUCUGCCCGGCGGGCACCGUUUACGCUACACUCUCACGUUUCCGGGUGCACCUGAGCGCCGCACAAUCCUCCUUUCGAGUCUGCUGGCAACCACGGCAGCCGUCUGGGAUGACGUUGUUGCCGUCUUGCACCAAAAUGGCUUCCGGGUGCUGACAUAUGACCAUCCAGGCCACGGCGGCUCGACGGUCAGGACAAAAGACCUUGCGGAGAAUACACUCGAUGGCAUGGCCGACGACGUGUACACGCUGGUCGAAUCCAUAGGGAUCACACAGCUGCACGCCUGGAUUGGCUGCUCGCUCGGCUCUGCAACUGGCGUUGUGUUUGCUGCCCGCCACCCGGGUGUUGUUCGCCGCCUCGUCGUCGUCGACACCAUCAGCGCUUCGCCCGCCAACGCGGGUGUCGCAGACGCGUUCAGCCCGCGGGUAAAGGCUCUUCGCGACGGUGACCAGACCCUUGAGGCCGCGCUGGCCCAGACCCGCGAGCGUUGGUUGGGUGAGGAGUGGCUCACGGCACACCCUGACAAGCGUGCGUGGCUCGAACGGUUGAUGGCACAAACCACCAUCGACGGCUUUGAGACAUGCAUUGCGGCCUUGCUGUCAUCGCAGUUUGAUCUUCGUCCACUUGCUGGCAGGGUGGCCAGCAGCGGCGUAGAGCGUGUGCUCGUUGUCGUUGGGGAGAAGGACGCCGAUCUGCCAACAUCCAUGAAGGCACUGGCAGACCAGAUGCGUGAUGGGUCAGGCAAGGACAUCGGCUUUCACGUCUUGCCUAAUGCUGGCCACGCGUCCUUUAUUGACGCAUAUGGCACAUGGCUGGAUGUUGUUCUUCCGUUUCUUAAGGACAACUAA